UCCUGCAUUAUUAGGUAUCCAUUCUAGUCCAUAAUUUUUGACAUACGAGUUUAGUAAGGAAAUUCUUGUGAGGAAAGAAUACUCGUCAUUCAGCAUGGCAUCGCUCACGCAAACGCUGAAGGAUGUGAACAAACGCUUUAAAGGUGUAAGGACUGAACAUAUCAAUAAGUUAAUCGACAUCAACAAAACCCUGUUGAAAAACAACGGUGAAACGAAAUCCAACAAAAAUAUACCGUCCGAGUGCAAAUUGAUCUUGGAGAGCGGUGGCACACUUUUGCAGAUUCUCAAUCAACAGAUGGACAAAUCUGGUGAACGGGUAGAUCUGUUCAAUCCUGAUCAAGUAUUAGGGAUUGUUUCAUUCAUACUUGUAGGAGUAGGAAAUAAUCAUUGGGUACUAGCAGGGAUAUCCAUGAUUGGGCAUUUGCUCACAAAAGUGGGCGACAUGGCAGAAAAUCGGAAUGAAUGUUUGGAGAUCUUGCAAUAUAUGGUUGACGUUGCCUACCGUAUUAAAAUCUUAAAACCCCUUGUCCGAAACGAAGAGAAGCAGCUAGAAAAAGGUUUUGCAAUAAUUGUUAAGGGAUCAAUGCUCUGUGCUAAGCAGCUACGUUCUAAAAACUUUUUCAGGUUUCUUAUGAGUUCCCCGGACAAAAAUAAUUUGAGCAAACUCAAAUCAGAAAUAGAUCGUCUCAAAGUAGACCUUCUGGGCAUAGCUCAAAUAGCAAUGUUGCGGAAUCAGCGCGUAAGAGUACAUACGAAGCAGCCAGCUUAUCCAGAUGACCCAGCUGGAAUUAAAAAACCAAUAAAAGAAGUAAAUAUCAAGCUGCGCAUGGACCCAAAACACAAGUCAUUCGGUGUUGUAGUCAUUUAUGGCGCUGGUGGGAUGGGGAAGACGUACCUUGGCAAUGCUGUAUAUUCAAAAUUAAAUCUGAAGGGCUACAACUACAGCAGUGUAAUAAUGGAUCUAGAUUCUAAGAAAAAUAACAUAAAAAGGAUGCAGGAGCAGAUUUUGUUUGAUCUGUUUCCUGGUUACAACUAUGGAAGGGAGAUAAAAUUGAGUGAUACGGAACAGGGUAAAAAGGAAUUAAAAAGUGCUUUUAAGAAGGAGAAUAAGCCCGUCUUUCUGUUUAUUGACAAUGUUUUGCGAGCACAAGACCUGAAAGACUUAUUACCCGAAGGCUUGGAAAGGCUUGGCAAGCAUAUCAGGCUUCUUUUGACAGCAAGAGAAUUGAGUAGCACAAAUAUGUUUGAUCAAGAGUUUCGCCGUAAAUAUUGUGUCGAACCCCUCGACGAGAAAGAUGCGAGGAAAGUUUUAUGCAAAGGAAAAAUCAAUCUUGAUCGCAUCAAAGGCGAUGUUGACCAGAUCGUGAAGAUUUGCGGGGGGUUUCCUCUUGUUCUAAAGAUUGUUGGUCUUCAUUUGAAAAAUCAGGAAUACAGGGCGGACAGAUGUAGUCAGAUACUAAAUGCUUUGCAGAAAGGGAAGGAAAUUAAAGAAAGUGGUCUCAGCGAAUGUAUGGUAGAUUUUGUAUUCAAGAGGUUUGAAGAGUCCACCCAAGAUGCAUUUUUGGACAUAUGCUGUUUCUUUAAUGGAAUGCGUCGUAAUGUUGUGGAGUACACUGUUGGAUCGAUGGCGCUCAAAGCGCUUGAAGAUGCAGCAUUAAUCACAAUUAAGGUGGAACCAGAAUAUUAUGCCCCAAUGCAAAAGGAUGACGCGGUCAUAGUUGUUCAUGAUGUGAUCAAAGCGAAGGGGCAAAACAUGGCGCGAUCCUCCAGAAUCACAGACAUUGAAUCUUUUGAAGAAGCUGUACAAGAAAAGAGGCUUCAGGAGAUAAAAGGAAUUGCACUCUUCUGCGACAAACAUCAUCCUUCUUACGUGCUCGAAAAUAAGCACUUGAAUUCAAUGAGGAAAUCGUUACGAGUUUUAAGGUUGGGCCCAAAUAUCAGAGUCAGCGCUAAAAGUGAGAUGAGAUUUCCAGAAUUGAGAGAUAUUUAUUUAAAAGAAUUUUUUCCUUGUGUACCGUUCAAUUCAGAGGCCCUGGAGAAUUUGGCUGUGUACCGUGGUCCACUCCCGAAAGAUGUAUUUCACAAGUUACCACAAAGUUUACGCCAAAUCACUUUAUCCAAGUCCACCGAAUUGAAAUGCCAAUCAAAGCCAAUCCAAAUGGAUCUGAAUUCUUCGCUAGAAGAUUUGUCUGUAGUGUCAUUAUCUAUGAAGAGGCUCCCAAUGAAACUUGAGAGUUUCAGUGCAUUGAAAACUCUGAGGCUACUCAAGUGCUACGAAAUGGAGGAGCUGACAGAGGUAAUACGUGGACUGCGUUCCUUGACUUCACUAAUUCUGGUGGGAUGUUCCUUGAAACGUCUUCCACCCAUACUCAAUCGUCUAACGCAUUUGGAUUUAGUAGAUUGUGACAAACUGCAUGAUUGUGAGAAAAUGGGAGAUCUGAAGGCUCUGCAGUUUCUAGGUCUGAAUGGAUGUACUUCUCUGAAGAAGUUGCCUGCCACCUUUGGGAACCUGAAGAAUCUACGGUAUUUAAAUCUAAGGAGAUGUUCUUCCUUAGAAGAAGUACCUGGUUUUCAACGACUAGUCGGACUAAAAUAUUUCAAUGUCCAAUCUUGUCCAAAGUUAAGGGGCAAAUUUAGCAACCGGCCCAAAGAUUUGCGAUUCCAAGGAUAAGAGGCAAUGAAGAUUGAAGAGAAGAAGAAAAUGACGGUAAACUAUAGACUUUGACUAUAAUUUUUGUUUUUCCAGUAAAAGGAGCACCCUGAAAAUAAGUAUAUUGUUUCAAGGUUUUAAUAGUACUUUUAAAUAUCCUUAAUUUCAUCCGAACAGAGAUGUAUAUAGAGAGAGAG